AUGGACCUUUCAAACUUUCUAAACCCAGCGGAGGAGACAAUACAAGAGGGUAUACAAGAUAGCGAGGGGGAUAUAGUACUACAAGAGGUCAUUGAGCAAUAUAUCCAUUCUCCUAAUGAAGGUCAAGAUGAUGAUGAUGGGGAGGAGCUCAGACUGCCGGUGGUUCAUUCUACGCAGGCAGUUCUACAAGCCCUCCAAGUUCUGAUUGACUUUAUGGAAACUGGGAAUAGUGGCAUAAGGGAGCCGGCAGUUACGCUCCGUUCUUUAGAGCAUAUAGAAAGGGAAUUAGUGGUCAAAAAGGCAAAUGAGGGCAUUCAGGGCACAUUGGACGUUUGGCUUAUGUAA